CUGGGAGGAUGGUAGGCUCGUUGUCGGUGCACCUGCUUUCUUCUCGUGCGAAGCCGAUGGCGACGCCGCGGGGUGCGGUGCCGUUUGUGCGGCGGACGAUGAGUACCCUGCGAUCUGCCUCGAGAAGCAUUUGACGCGGCUCACGCACGCCAUCGAGGCGCCGCUCCCUUCGACCAUUGACACCGCGCGGCUGUGCGCACUCGACGUGGCUGCGGUGCGCUCGCUGCUCGCGCGGCUGGUGGCGGCAGAGGAGGCGUUGCGGCUUGCGCCGUGCGUGCAGGCCGUCUACUCGCUGCUAGGCGAGGGCGAGGGCGGGCUCAACUUGUGGACGGCCGUGCUACAGACGCACAUCGCGCGCGCCCACGGUUUCAGCCCACCCUCCCUCGGCGUGCAGCUGCUCCGCUCCGCCGCCACGCUCGCGCCAGACGUGGCUCAAGCAGCACACUACGUGCGCUUCAACCGCUGCCGCAGCGGCACGCUCUCCUCCGGCUGUGCUUUGCCCGACGUCAUCCUCGCCCGGCUGAGUGAUGGCGGCGCCGUGUCACUGCUCGAUUCGCUCCCGGCGGCCGGUCCGACAUUCCUCCUCGCAGCUUCGUUCACCUGACCGCCGUUCCGCGCGCACGCGCAGCUGCUCGAGCAGCUGCGCGUGCGCGCGGAUGGCGUGGUGCGCUUCCAGCUCGUCUACACGGCAGAGGCGCACGCUUCCGACGAGUGGCCCGUCGGAUCUCACAUUGCGCAGCGCCAGCCGCGCUCCACGCACGAGCGCGUCUCCGUCGCGCGCCGUCGCCUUGCCGAGCUAGGCGUCAACUGGCCCGGCACGCUCGUCGACACUGGGCGCGAGGCCUUCCAAGAGGCUUUCGCCUGCUGGCCCCUCCGCUGGUACUUCCUCGACGGCCACACGGUCACCCACAUCGCGCAGCCGUCGGGCGGCGCGUACGACGUGACCCAGAUCGAGCUGUGGAUCAACCUGCAACUCGAACGCGCCACCAACGCCUAGAGUCGUUGUGUUACCCUUCUGUGCAAGCAUGACGAACGCCGUCAGCAAACCCAGCUCGCUGGGGAACGGCGAUCUGAGAGAGUCACGGAAGGCAAGACCUGUGUUGCUAACUUUUGUUUGUCGCGUGUAAAAAGGUAAAAAGGAACAGGCUUUC